UUCAAUAUAAGAAGGCUGCACAAAAGACAAAGAUGGCUAUACAAAAGAGAGAUGGUGGUGCUGAUUUUAAGUUUUUUGAGUCCGCUGACAUUGCUUCCCAGCUUGAUAAUGUGAAAUCAUGGCUUCAAAGGAAUUGCAAGAAGUGGAUCCAGGCUGAGCCGCCGACCAAUAAGAGCAUUGCUAGUAUGCUUGCCCAGCUUAUUCAGUUCCAGGAAGAUGCCUUUGGAAAACAUAUCAGCAACCCUCCUCUAACCAGGGUGCCUCAAAAAGUCUUUCUGGAUUUCAAGUCUGGAGGAGGCCUUUGUAAUGUUCUCAUGGCUAUGUACCGAUUCAAAAGUGAACAGGGAUGGAGGCGCUUUGAUUUCCACUCGCCAUCACGCAUGGACCGCAAUGUGGAAAUGUUCAUGCAGAUUUCCAAGACGUUGACGCAGAACAAGUGUUUUGUCCUGCCCCAAGUCUGCAUCCACGAGAGUGUGGAGCCAAAGCUUGCCGCUAAGCUCACAGACAUUGUCAAGAGACACCAGGGAACAGUCACUGAAGAUUCAGAUGUAGCAACUCACUUAGUGUUUUCUCCUCCAAUACCAUUGGCAGAAGGUGAGGAGUACUUGAGACCCAUUGCACGUAAAGAGCGCUCCACUCUGGUCCACUGGUGGUACUACCCAGACAGCUAUGAUACCUGGGUCCCUUCUUCAGACGUUCAUGGAGACCCUGAACACCUUGCCACUAUGGAUGGCCCCUGGGAGGUGAACGCCAAAUGGAUCUUAGAUCUUGAUGAGUUCAAUGAAUGGAUGAAUGAAGAAGACUACGAGAUGCAAUUGGACGGAGAGGACAGAGUUGCCAUCACCCCAGCCAUUGGACGCACUCGUCGACGAGCAUACCCAGCAAAGGCCAAUGGAGAUGAGGGGUCUACGGAUGGCGAUCAUGAGAGGGGUAUGAUGAAGCGAGGGGGCCCUGGUAAGAAAAGAAAGCGAUCACCUUCUCCACCACCCGAAAAGAGGAGGAAAAAGCCUGGCAGGAGCCCAGCGCCUGGAGCCAAGAAACGUGGAGCUAAAGAUGAGGAGGAGGAUCUGACUAAGGACCUGGAGAAUCCUCCCUCUGUCCCAUCUCUUCAGGAGGUGGAGCUACCAAAACUUGUUCCAGGCAGCAGGAUUGGUAAAGAUAAUGAAACGCAACCUGUAAAGAGUGGAACUAUGACGGAUCUAGACGAAAGCAAAGAAGAACCAAUGGACACCAAUAAGCAGGCUGAUGAAUCUGUAAACACUUCACUUUCCAACGGAGAAGAGAAAGACCGCAACGGUGCACCAGACAUCCAUGAAGACAAUGUAACAGAACAGACGCAUCACAUCGUUGUACCCAGCUACUCUGCAUGGUUUGACUACAACAGCAUCCAUGCUAUUGAGAGAAGAGCACUACCCGAAUUCUUCAACAUCAAGAACAAAUCAAAAACACCGGAAGUAUUCAUGGCAUAUCGUAACUUCAUGAUCGACACCUAUCGGCUGAACCCCACAGAGUACCUGACGUUCACAGCAUGUAGAAGGAACCUGGCUGGUGAUGUGUGUGCCAUCAUGAGGGUGCAUGCAUUCCUUGAGCAGUGGGGCGUGAUCAACUACCAGGUAGAUGCAGACAACAAGGCCACGCCCAUGGGACCUCCCCCUACCUCUCACUUCCAUGUUCUGGCCGACACCCCGUCAGGGCUCCAGCCUGUUCAGGCCAGCAAGUCUGGCAGUGGAGCAAAGAAUUCCAACUCAACACAGAUGAUGAACAUGACGGACAAGGAUGGUGCCAAGGAUACCAAGAGUACAGACCUGACUAACUUUGGUCUUAGACCAGACAUGUAUGCCACCAAGAAAUCUCAAAUAUCUAAGGCUAAGGGGACAUCGUCCAGUAACAUCAAGGAAUGGACGGACCAGGAGACCCUGCUGUUGCUCGAGGCCCUUGAGAUGUACAAGGAUGAUUGGAACAAGGUCUCUGAACACGUCGGUAGCAGGACCCAGGAUGAGUGUAUCCUCCAGUUCCUGAGACUCCCUAUCGAGGAUCCCUACCUCCAUGAUGGUCCAUCCGCCCUUGGUCCUCUUGCCUACCAGCCCAUCCCAUUCAGCCAGUCAGGGAAUCCGUUGAUGAGCACUGUGGCGUUCCUUGCUUCAGCUGUAGACCCUAGAGUGGCGAGUGCUGCAGCCAAGGCAGCCAUUGAGGAGUUUGCCAAGAUGAAGGAUGAGGUACCCACCACCCUGGUAGAUGUCCACAUCCGCAGGGUGGAGGAUGCGGCGGAGAAGGGUCUCCUGGAUGGCAAGUACCUCCUGGGAGUGAGCGGUAUCGCAGGGACCAACGAGCAGCAGGAGAGGGAGAACAAGGACCAGGAGCAGCAACAGCAGCAGCAGAAGACAGGAGAGGGUGGAGACAAGGAGUUUGUCGCCAUGGCUACGGAAGGAGAGAAGGAGGAGGAGGACAACAAAGAUCAGGUGCCCAUUGUGAAAGAAGAGAACAAAUCACCAGCCAAGCCACCCUCCCAGGAUGAGGCUCCGUCAUCAACAGAGGGCGCUACAAAGGAAAGCGAGGAGCAACCGCAAGCCAUGGACACCAGCGAUAGCUCCGCAGCGCCACCACCACCACAAUCAGAGCAACAAGAGCAACAAGAGCAACAACCCGAGCAACCACCAAAGGAUCAGUCUCCACCACCAGUCCUGGAGAUCAAGAAAGAAUCUGGAGAGACAGAAGGAACAACCGAAGGAACGACAGAAGGAGGAGAGGAGAGAGAGAAGAAGGAUGGAGAGAGUGCUGAAGGAACGGCAGAAGGAACAGCAGAAAAGAUGGAUGCAGGCGGUGAUGCUAGUGAAAAGAAAGAAGGAGAGGAGACAAAGGAAGAGGAACCUAAGGAGAAACCAGACAAAGUUAAGAAGUUUGAAGAGGCAAUAGACAGUGGAAACCUUGCUACCGCUGCUGCUUCUGCACUGGCUGCUGCUGCAGUCAAAGCCAAACAUCUUGCUGCCAUGGAGGAGAGGAAGAUCAAGAGCCUGGUCGCCCUCCUGGUGGAGACACAGAUGAAGAAGCUGGAGAUCAAGCUCCGCCACUUUGAGGAGCUGGAGACAAUCAUGGACAGGGAGAGAGAAGCUUUGGAGUACCAGAGACAGCAGCUCCUAGCCGACCGACAGCAGUUCCAUCAGGAGCAGCUUAGAGUGGCCGAGAUGAGGGCACGCCAACAUGCCCAGGCCAUGGCAGCCAUGUCUCAAGCACAAUCCUCGGGCUUUACUCAGCAACCAGCAACAGCCGCGUCAGCAACGCCCCAGCCUGGUGGCGUGACACAAGUGACCACAGCAACAGCAACCGCAACAUCGGUGACAUCUGUGGGGGCUGUACCACCUACUCAACCUACUGGUCCACAACCUGUACAGCCAACGUUGCCGCAACAGCAACCACAGACACAGCAACCAGCAGGAUCUGGUGACGUGCCGGCAGCAACUACCCAGGAUGCAUCAGAGGGAGCAGAGCCCCCAAGUGGCCAGGAAAAGGAAAAGGACAACUCUGAACAGCCUCCACAACUAGCUCCUUCCAUUGAGACAGCAGCAGCACCUCCGGCGGCACCUGCUACUGAGACCCCUAGCACGCCCCCUUCCCAAGACGCCACCCCACCCACAGGAUCAGAUGACAAACCGGUGGAGAGUACCACCAGUGGCAGCGGCAAAGAGACAAAGGAUGCUGAAGAAGAAGAAGACAUGGACACUGGCGAACAAGAACCCAGUAAACCAGAUGAAAGUGCCCCCUCUAGUGAUAGCAAAGAGACAACCCCACAAGCUGAUGAGCCUUCAUCCAUGGAAACGGAUAGCAAGGAAGACCCGCCCACAACCACAGAGGAAAAAGCCGAGGCUGAAGUAAAAUCACCAAGCAGUGACGGAGGAGAGAAAGAAGAAAAGAAACCAGACCAAACGGAGACCAGCUCGGAAGAGAAUCCCUCCACGUAACCAUGGCAACCACGUCUCAUCCUACCAUUCCCUUACAGCCGAAGCAAUCAUCUCCGCUUCUCUAGAUUCUUACCAACAAGAACUUAGCUGUUUAUUAGAAGUGUGGUUAUUUAAGCUUCACGAAAUGAUACCGAUUAUGUUCUGAAGGAAGUUGUAUAUUACAGUUCAGUGUAAUUUGCAGAAAGUUGCAAUUAUUUAUAAAUGUCUUUGUAAAGGUGCAUCAUCAUCUCUGAUGGACUCUUUUCAUGUAAAUAUUGUACAUGUGUAGCUUAUCCUUGUAGUGCCUCAUCUUGUUCAUUUCACCCGAAAGUAUGGUAGCUGUAAUUAGAAAACUGGGUUUGGAACUUUAGUUGCCUGGUAGUAGUGGCUAAUGCGGUAAAUGAACAGACAUCCAGAAAGAUGAACUUUACAAUACAUUUCUUUCUACUCUGAACACAUACCGGUAGUUGGAAAAUGCAGCAUGAUCAUUACAGUAACAGAAUUUGUAAAAUGACAUUGGUGCUUUUAUAAUCUUGGUGAUCUCAAGCAGGAGAUAAGAAUCAUGCCCUAUUUCAAGUUAAUGGGCCACAUGAAGAUUAGAGCUAUUUAGGGAUGGAUAAAUGCUCUUUUUCUUCACCUAAUUACUUUACCUCCAAGGCAUUUGUUCAGAAAUUUUAUCAUAAAGUCAUUACAGACACAAAAUGUCUUUCAUUCUGAAGUACAUCCAUUAACGACACUUAACUGUAAUUAGUCAUAAAAUUGAUGUCCUAUUCAUAAGCCCUAUUAGCCCACCCAUCUUCUCUUCAAAGGAACAGGCCAUAUCAUGGGUGCAUGAAAAGAAUUUGCUGAUGGAAAUCGAGGAAGAAGUUGUUAAGCGAUUGCGCAUUAAGCUUGUAUGUAUACAGUCCUAUUUAAUAAUGGCCAUGUAUUGAAAUACAUUUUCUCUUUCUGUGGGUUCCUUUUAUUAAGAAGUAUCUAAGUCUUGCCUUGAACGUCAGCCAGCACAGUAGACUGUAUUCAUGAUGGCUGUCCCCAAGUGCAGUGCUGAAAUGUGAUAAAGGAUAUAAUAACAAAAGCAAGAUUCCAACUGUGGGUUUUUUUUUUAAGUGACCCAUAUUCCUAUGACAAAAACUCUUACAUGUGGGACUUUUCAGUCGCCUUGUGCUUGAAUGAAGCAGUGGUAAAUGUGUACAUAAAGUAUGUCACUGAGAUAUAAUUCUAAAUGGACAUUGUAUGAAGACGAAGAAGAGAAAAUCCUUUCUGAUACUCUGCUUCAUUGUAUAGGCUCAUCAUAAUCACUUUGCAUUUCAUGUAUGAUGUAUGUCAUCAGGUAUCACAGGUACUAUGUCCCCUUUUUCCUCAGAUCAUGAUUAUGUUCAAUGUUUCUUUUUUUUGUUAGUUUGUUUUUAUGUCCUUGUAUGUCCUACAAAUGAGAGCUGCAAUCUGUUUUGUGGACAUUUCUUUUUUGUUGUUGUUGUAAUUAGAUGGAUUUUGUUGAUAUUUCGUUUUGUGUCUAUCAGCAUCAAGGAAUAAAGCCAUUUUGUAAUAAAGGA